UGAAGACAGAAGUCAAUCAGAUCAUCAAAAACAUAAUGAAUCAUUUGAAGAAACUUUAUAGAGCGUUUACGAAAUGGCGAGACGCGCGAGAGGAAUGGUAAGGAAAAUAGAAAAAACGUCGGUUCAUUUAAUAAAGAAACGAGCAGUUCAUCGCGGACUCAUAAUGACAGCGGUUUUAGAAAAAAACUUCAUGUGCCAAUAAAUGGUGUUCAAGUCUUACCACCAGAAGCAGUUUUUAUUCAGUUUGAAAGUAGCGAUGGGGAGAAAGAAAAUUGAAGUUGAAUGAUUUAUUAACAAGCUAUUUUAGACUUAUAAAUGGUUCACUUUAUAUGGUGAAUUUACUAUCUAUGUACUAUCUUUCUAUUUAUUUUUCAUACAUUUGAAGGACAUUUAAAUCCACAAAUUAUUCAUUCUCCCCCCUCCCCCCAUGGAGAAUAUAAAGCAUUUUUUCAAAAAAAAUGUACUUCCUACUGUUAUUUUGAAAUUUCUACAUUGUUAAAAAAAUCUUUUUUAUGACGACAUUGCAAACAAGGCGUUAUAAUUGAUGUUCAACCUGACGGAAAACGUUAUAGAAAUACACUUGUUGAAAUAACUAUUGGGGACUGUGAUCGGAGAUCGGUGGUUUAUCUAAUUAAAGACUCGACAUUUUCAUUCCAUUCUGUAACUCCACAAACUCGGGAAAUUCAGAAAUGGAUACGAAAGACUCGAGCAGAAUGGAUACGAAAGACUCGAAAGAUUCAGAAAUGAUCGUCAAGGACUCGGGAAUUUCGGAAAUUGGCACCAAAGACUCGGACGUUUUAGUAAUUGGCACCAAGGACUCGGGAAUUUUAGAAAUUGGCACCAAAGACUCGGGAAUUUCAGAAAUUGUCACAAAGGGCUCGGGAAUUUCGGAAAAUAGCGCCAAAGACUCGGAAGUUUUAGUAAUUGGCACCAAGGACUCGGGAAUUUUAGAAAUUGGCACCAAAGACUCGGGAAUUUCAAAAGAGAUCUGCGAGAAGGAAAGGCCACAUUGUGAAGAUACCAAGUUGGUUGAACAACUUGAAGAACUCAAUGGAAAAAAAAGUGAAGACAUAAAUGACGAUAUGGAUCUUGACGUAUUUUUGAAAGAUGGAUUGGAUAUGGAAGAGGAAGAAGAUGUUGCUCAAAGUCAAAAUAUGGAUUCUUUCGAUCAAUCAUCAAUACAAAGCAGAGCGGGCGGAUUUGUGCGCAAUGAUGAUGAUAUGAAUAGAUUUCGCCGUUUUUUGGUUUUUGGAAAUUAUACUCCCACCUUCUACAUUGAGGAAAGAAAGUUAGGCGUGGAAGAUGCGCCAAUUGUUUCCAAUCUUUUGGAAGCAGGAAGGGGUGUUGAAGUUGUCAAUGAAAUAGAGAAGUAUAGCAUUGAAGGACGAACACCUAGGCAGCAGGCCAUUGUGUUUUCUCUAGCUGUUUGUGCGCGGAAGGGAGAUCGUGCCACGAAAAUAAAAGCAUGCGAUGCUUUACACAAGAUCUGUCAAUUUCCGACUCAUUUGUUUAUGUUUAUUGAAUUCUGCAAUGUGUUUAGUCAGCCUCACAAAGAUUGGGGUCGUGCCCUUAGGAAUGCAAUAAAACUCUGGUACAAAAAAAAAGACCCGUGGAAACUGGCCAUGGAUCUCACCAAAUAUCAAAAGCGUGAAGGAUGGUCGCAUAGAGAUGUUGCAAGGUUAAUGCAUCUCAAGCCAGAAGGAACUGAUGUUUCUGAUGAGUUGUUUGUUAUAAUGAAGUAUGUUGUUCAUGGUUGGAAGGAGCUUUUUGAAUAUUUCUUUCCAGAAGAUAAGACAACUCCACGUCGUCCAAUUGGAGAAAAUGGCAGUGCAAUGUUGGUGUUUUUUAGAGCAGUUGAAGAAGUGAAAACAUUGCGAGAGGAGGCAAAAGUGGUUGAACUGAUAAAUCAACAUAAUCUUGUUCGAGAACAUAUUCCAACACAUUGGCUUAAGUCCAAAAAGGUGUGGGAUGCUCUGUUAAGGAAAAUGCCAAUGACUGCAAUAAUACGCAACUUAAACAAAAUGACUUCCAUUGGCUUGCUUGCUGAAGGAUCAUCUCAGGUUGAAGAUGUUUGUGAAAAACUGUGCAAUGAGGAUCUGUUAAAAAAUGCACACAUCCAUCCGUUGACUAUGUUAUUUGCUUGGAGAACAUACAAGUCAGGAAAGGGUGAGAAAGGUUCUCUUAAAUGGAAAGCUAAUGUGCAAAUUACCAAAGCAUUGGAGAAAGCAUUUUAUUUAUCAUUUAAGAAUGUCGAAUCAACAGGAAAAAGGUACAUACUAGCCAUUGAUGUACGUGGAUCAGUGCGUAGCAAAGGAUGUAUUGGUGCAAGCUCAAUGAGACCUGAUGUUUUUAGUGCUGCAAUGUCCCUAAUAACAGCACAAACAGAAAACCAUUACAUAUAUGUUACACUUGGACAAAAAACAUUUCCGAUAAAUAUAUCUAGAAACAUGAAUUUGGAUGAAGUUUUAAAUAUUUAUAAUGAAGUUCCAAUGGAGGAAACAGACUGUGCUCAACCCAUGCUUUAUGCCAUUGACAACAAUUUAAAGAUUGAUGUUUUUAUCGCUUACACAAAUUCUGAAACACAUUACGGUGAUGUUCAUCCAAGGGAGGCUCUCAAAAAAUAUCGUCACCAUUCAGGGAUUCAUGAUGCUAAACUUAUUGUGGUUGCCAUGACAUCGAAUGACGUCGCUAUUGCUGACCCAGAUGAUCCUGGAAUGCUUGAUAUAGCUGGCUUUGACUCUGCUGCACCACAAGUGAUGAGAGAGUUUAUCUUGGGGAAUUUUUAGAAGUUUUUAGUAAACAUCUCUGUAUUUUCUCCAUAACGAAUGUCCUCAUUAAGAUAUGACAAAAAUUCAUAAUCUUUGAUGGCUCAAGUUGAAUGUUGCAUGUGGUCGUCAAAGUUGCUUCGCGCAUGUUUGCGGGCAUGAAUUUUGUAAAGGUCAAUCGCCCUGUUAUGGCAUUUUCCCUAAAAAAAACUUUAGAAAAACACGGGAAAACUAAAAGCAGGAUAGCCAACAGUCUGGAGUAAAUUACGUGUUCUAUUCAUCUCUACAAUGAACUUCGUUAUUUGUACAAAGUCAAUUUGUCAAUUUAUCCAUAUUUCUCAUGCCUCGCUUUACAAAAAACAAUUUUCGCAAUUAUUCGCAAGUUAUCAGUUAUUUAAUGACAAGCUUUUCGUCGUGAGAAAAGAAUUUUUAUCAGAUUAUAUUUAUUUUGAUGGCUAUUGAAACUACAAAUUAAACAUAAAUGCAGUAAA